UACAAUCUGGUCAUUCAAGCUGCUGUCUACUUCAUUUGGAAAGAACGGAAUUCACGACUCCACAACCAGACUUCAAAGCCAGCUCACUCUGUUGUGAAAGAUAUCUACCUUCUCCUUAGAGCAAAACUAUACUCUCUCGAUAUGGAGCAAAGAGCUCUCCCCUCUGCUGCUCAAAGAAACCGGCGACAUUCAACGACGACUACUUAUCUCUUUCUCUGGUUUGAAAGGAUACAGGGUUAGACCAAAGCAUCUAUUUCAUUUUGUUGAGGUUCAUUUUUCCGCAUGAGUAAUGUUGUACUUUCUUUUGGAAACAAUCACCUUGUAAAACUUUAAAUUCAGAAAUGGUAUCUCCCAUUGGGAGUUAGAAAAAGAAAAAGAAAAAAAUAGCCUGCAGUGCUUUAGAGUUUUGGCUUUCCACAGUCGCUUUUUGUCCUUCUUCCUCAAUCUUUAUACCUCAAGAACUGAUGAACCAAACGGAUUGAUUGAAGAAGGGAGGGGGUGUCUAUAGUUAGUUUACCUAUCUAUCUCUUCAAUCUAAUGUUUCCUUCUUUAGACACCAGUGGCUAUGACCUCUUUGAUCCCUUCAAUCCCCAUCAAGCAACCAUGCUUCCUUUUUUCACUACUCCCAUACAAAGCCCUAGUUCUCACCAUCACUACCCUUUGUCUUCUUUUCCUUUCUCUUCAGAUUUUCUUGAUGAAUCUGUCCUGAUAAGCUCAUUCUUGUUAGCGCAGCAAGAUGCAGCAACACAUGUUGCUGAUUGUCCGAGAAAAUUAUGCAAAAAGCUUGAGGACAAGUGCGUUGGUGGAACCACCUUAGAAAAGGUUCCACGGAGAAGAACGGGAAAGAAAAGGGACAGGCAUAGUAAGAUCUGUACCGCUCAAGGUCCUAGAGACCGUAGGAUGAGACUGUCUCAACAGAUUGCUCGUAAAUUCUUCAAUCUUCAAGACAUGUUGGGCUUCGACAAGGCGAGCAAGACGAUCGAGUGGCUUAUCUCUCAAUCAAAGGCUUCCAUAAGAAAAGUGAAAGAAAGUGUAGAUGCAUCAGGAGGAGGAGAAGGAGACGAUGAGCAUCUUCAGGAUAAUGAAAAGGCAAAGGAGGAGACAAUGAAAGUCUCAAGGAGAAGAACAAAGACGGUGGAGAACUCUUGUAAGAAGAAAGAGUCAAGAGAGAAAGCUAGAGAACGAGCAAGAGAGAGAACAUUGACGAAGAUGAAGAUGAGAAUAUCAGGACUAAUUGAUACCUCAAAAAUAUUUUCAGAUCCUAUUCAAGAAUCACAAAAGAUUGAGUUAACCGGUGGUGCCCAAGUAGAAGGGAAAAGCCCAGAACAAGAAAGUAGUACAACUAAUGUGAACAUGGUUGAGUAUCAAAUGGAUUCUGUAAGAACUAUAGAGAAGUUUCUUGGACUAAACAGUGACGCUAGCUCUUCUUCCAUCUUUGGAGACUCCGAGGAAUCUUACGCAAGUCUAUCUCAAUUAGAGGUACUGCUUCAGAAGCAGGAAUGGUGAUACCAACGGAGCAUAACACAACUUCAACAGCAUGAGUAGAUGAGGAGAGAAACCGUAUUUCAUCUUCUUCCUAUGCGAUUAUCUCUGCUACUGAUCAUCAUGACAAUGCUCUAUUCUUAUGUGGUACUGGGAGUUUCUGUAUGCAUCAACAUAAGAAACUCAUAUAUAUGUAGACAUUUGUGUGUGUGGAGUUGGUCUGCUAAUUAGUUUGAAGCUCUUGACCGCUUGAUUAAAUGAUAUAAAUUAUUUUGUGGUUUCAAAUAA